AUGACCGGCGUCCUCAACGAUCUCGUCACCGCCGUCCAGGGGAUACGGCUAUACCUAGCCGGCUCCAACGGGCCGCCGACGCCCUUGCCACCGGCCGCCGCGACCGGGCCAGCCGCCCUGUCGUGGUAUUCGGCACCCGCGGCGCCGACCAGGCCUCUACACCACCACUGGCCGCUUCAGCCGCCGCCCGCCGCCGCGCCCCAAUGGCCGCAGUGGCCGGCGCCGGCCCUCGCCACGUCACCCACGCCACCCGGGUCCUCGCCGCCACCGCCCUGGCAGCCGCCGCACCCCGGGGCCACCGCGACGCUGGUCGGGCCGCUGCAGCCCCCGCUGCAGCUACAACCAGCCCCCGCCACCGCUCCGAUCUGGCCAUAA